CCAAUAUUAAGUUAUGCGUUCCACGGCGAGAGCACGUUUUUUGAGAGACACCCAGGGAGAUCCUCAUCUCAACGGUUGAAAUUUCAAAUUCUAUCAAAAUUUCAGGAGACAUUGUUCAAAUAAGUACCUUUGAUAUGCCAUAUUAUAUUUUUAAAAUAUAUGAUUAUUUAUAUUAAAUAUAAAAUACCUUUUUCUGUACCUUUGAGACCCACCUAACCCCUCUAGGACCUGGUCCAAUGCUGGCCAGCUUUACUUGCUUUGCUGUGAGAACUGUCAAAACUGAAUAGACUAUACUAGAGUAUAAGAAACGAUAACAAAUGCCCUAUUGCUUCAAGCCCUUGAAGUUUCAAAUAUGUACUUCUAUGUUCUAUUUGCCAGCGAUUUUGGCAAUACAUAGAUUUUGUAACCAUGGUUGCCAGUCGGUACUUUUUUUCUUUCUAUAUAGGCACACAACAUUUUAUCACUUAACCAUUUACGAUAAUCUUAAAUAGAACUAUACUUUACAAAGGAGCCAGAGAGUCUCAGCAGAAGAAACCAGAACGCACACGCUAAUAACUAUAUACUCAUAAAUGCAUAGUGUAUAGGGUGCCUACAUACAUAUGAAUGUACUCAAAUGAAAAUAACAACUCGAUAAUUUUUACUACAUAUGUACAUACAUACAUACAUACAUAAGUACAUCACUUAAGAGCCCACAGAAAUUGCAAGUCUUCCAAAAGGAGUCCGUUUCAUAUCUGAAGGAAUUGCUAUAUCUAAUAGCUGGAUUACGUUUAAAAUUCCACAUCUUUCAUUUAUUAGUGAAUCCAUUUAUUAAGCAACAGAAUAAAUUAAAAGUAAUGGAAGUUCAAAUUCAAUGUGGUGUUGCUACGACUAAUAUUAGACUUUUAGUGCUGUGUUCACAUAUUUUGCUUAAAUUUGUUAGUUUUCAUUAAUAAUAAAUGGGGUUCGAAAGUCAGUAGCAAUAUAAAAAGCGAAUAAAAAUAGAGUAUCUAAAUUCUCCAAUUCUCCAAGGAAAUUUCUGAAGUCCACUAUCCACUAAAACCCUCAUUAGCAAUUUUUCCGCCACUUGCAAAGUUCAUACUUUGUAAUUAAAAAAUUAGUGAAUAACUUACAGUUGGACAUUCCUUUAUUAGAUUGGCCUUAGUUUCCACUGACUUUUCUUGAAUUUCGGUGUUGAGUGUUAGAGACUAGAGAACACGUUGAGGCAUCCCGUUUUUGCCAAUUUUAAUACCAUUUACACCAUUAUAGAAAUUAACUGCAUUUUAAAUCGUUACUUGAACAGUGGACUGAUAUUGUUCGCAAAAUAUUUUAAUGCGAAAAAUAAUCUCACAGGUCUGCAGAAAUCUGCACCAAGGAGCGCCAAUGCUAAUGUGACAAAUCGUAUGGAUGAGUAGCAAACAGUUUAUUUUUCUCAUACAUAUGUAUGCACAUAUAUAGUCUUACAUCUCGAUACAUAUGUAGGUAGACGACUAUUUUUGUGUGGACAUAUGCGCCACUGGCCAGCCAUGGGAGCCACCAUCGCGGCCGAUGUGAUGCGCGCUUAACGAGGUGUUUAUUUUCACAACUCAUGCACCACUGCGCCUACAGUGGAUGUACGUAUGUGUGCAUGUAUGUAUGUAUGUGCUUGGUAAAGUUUAAAAGAAAUCGAGAGAAACAAAAUUUACUCGAAGUUCAAAUUGGCUGCAAUUGAGAACAAAAUCAUGACUGAAACCGCUUACUUUAGGGUAGUUGGUGUUGCAGCAAAGAAAACAUCAUUCCACAAAUUGCAUUACCUACAACAAUAACGUGCAAAAUACAUACAUACAUACAUACUUAUAUAAGUAUGCAUGUAUGAAGGAAAGUGUAUAUCAGAAAUCAUGAGGGGCAAUAGCUGACGCGCCACUCUUAGCGCAAAAUAUUUGCAAUCUCCCUGGUCACAAAUACACACAUAUGAGCACAUAAACAAUGCGGGAGCAUAAAUAAAAAUACAAAUAACAAAGUAAACAGUAUACGGUUACCGCCCAUUUCAACACGCCACCAAUUCAGUGAUGCUAAAGGAGCGGGCUCAACUGAGAUGGUGAUGGAGAUGCUGUGUGUGAAGCGGAUGCUUUGGGGCGAUGUAUGAGUAAAAAACCACAAACACGUUUAAUGAUGCUGCUCGCUCCUCAAUGACCACGACGAGGUUGCCUCUGUAUUAGUUCCACGAAAACUCCACCACCACCAGCUAUGCUCAAGCGCUCAGAUUCUGGUUUGCUUGGCCGCAACUUUGACUUUUUGUUGCAAUGAAGUUUAACACUCUUCCCCAGCCGUGAAGUAAAUUGUUUUUGCCGCAAAACAUCGCCCAACGUUACCGUGCAAUGCUGAUUGGCGAACUGCCUCUCUCUCUAACGAUUACAACGCUCUUCAUUUUACUCCAGUUCAUUGAUUUUAGAAAAAGAAAAAUUUUAAAUAUAUAAAUUUAUUUGCCCCUUUGUCUGCAGUUUGUCAGAAGUAUAAAAGUUAUUUGGAAUUUAUAAAACAAUAAAUGUUUCAUAAUUAUGAAACGGGUUAUUAACAAACAAAAAAACAAAGAAGUUAUUGGGAAACGUCCUCAGACCAUGGAAUCGUUAGCUACCAAAACAGGAAAGCUUCCGAAGAAAAAAAUGCGUUUGGCAGAAUUGCCAAGUUGGAAAACGGUAUUGACUGGAAAAUGUUCCGUAUUCAGUAAGAAUUGCAACGAAUGAAAAUCAAAGCAAGAGUAUAUUUCAUCCGCCCACAAACUUCAACGAAAUGCCUAAUUUUCAACAGAAAUAUCCAUAGAAUUAUGAGUACAUACAUAUGUACGUACGCAUGCUAGUGUAGUAAAAAUUGUAAAUGCAAGGAUUAUAAAUAGGAAAAAGAUAUUGGCAGUCUAUGCCCCAAUACAUGCGCCUUUCUAUGAAUUAUUCACCGAAAGCUCAUAAUUACAAACCUCAUGCGACACGUUCGUUUCGAUUAUUCGUGUUGGACAAUUAAACUGCUUAAUUAAUUAUUGUAAUUAGAACAUGUAUUUAAUGUCAAUCAAAAUAACCAUUACCAUAUAAAUAACCAGUACAAUAUCUAACUGUUGACUUAAUAACAUCGUGCACAUGUAAAUACAUACAGGGCGACCAUACAUACAUAUGUAUAUAUAUUUACAUAUACAUAUGUAUGCAUUAAUAUGUGUGGCUUUUCGUCAGUAUUAUGUAUAGUGAGAGCAGCAAUGCAGAGAACGCCUACGCUGGCUGCCGCGUAAUUGAGAACGUAUUAGCACUCUCAAAAUCACACUCCACCAAAAAGCUGCGCUCGUCCCCGUCCACUCGAAAAGCGUACUGACAGGUUUCGUCGUUGCCGUCGCCGCCGUCGUCGUCGUUCCCUUGGCGCAGGCAAGAGAGUGAGACAACUAUUUGGCGCGAUUAGACGGCCACGACCGAUGCAGCACCUUUUCCACUUUAUUCCGUUCUUGCAUGCAGCAUGAGUGGUCGCGCCUGGUGGCUGGUGCCUGCCUAUGCAUAGCGGCGAUAAGCUCUCGCACCGCUGCGUCAUUAAAGUACGACGCGACACGAGCGAAAGCGGGCGUUUACAUUUCGCUGAAUCGCAACGUUAAUAUUUUACUAGCCAAGCGGGUGCAGCGCGAUUUACCGUCGCAAGAUUUUCAAAACUAAGAGAAACAAUAAUUUCACUUGUGAAGCACCUUUGAGUGUCAAAAAAGGUAGUUGUCGCCAUUAAUGCACAACUAAAUAACUGCUAAUUCGGUUGAAGUCCACACUUAAAGGAGAUACAGAAACCCGUGCAAAGUGUCGCAGAAAGACGCGUCGACAUUGUGAUUUUAAGCGGAGUGUAUAUGUAUUGAGUGCGGCUGCUGUGCGUGUAUGUGUGCUCAAUUAAACGCUUUGAGGCACAUUAUGGCGUUGACAGCUUGUCAAUUCAAGCGCAACCGUUACGCUACACCAACACAGUUGCCGCAUCGCCAACGCUACUGUUGCUUAUAACCGAAUCACAAUUGCGGUCUCGUUUGUCAGUGUCACUGCUCAUCUGAAACUGCGGAUGCCCUCUUCCUCGGUGGGAACUGUGAGCCGAUCGAAUGGUGCGGGUUUAGUGUCGUAUACAUUGUGAAGUUAGUGGAGCGUUGCCACAUGUCAAUUGUGUGUUUCAUUGUUAUUGCCGCAGUUAGUAAAUCAAGCAUUUAUUUGUGUUGACGAGUUGUCGGGAUUUCAAUUAACCAACAAACCGCGAAGUGUUUUCUUGCCACAAGCUGGGCCACUCAACCAUUGUGUAUUAAUUUAAGAGUGGCGCUGCCCAACAAACGGUCUUACCGUUAUCAAGUGAUAUUGGCAUUUCCUGUUUGGAUCGGUCGCACGAAUUUUGCUUUCAAUUCGCGCGCGCGUAUUAGCACUCGUUCGUGAUAGAUUUUGUUGAUCGCAGUUUCGCAAAUGGUCACGUGCAGUCGCCAACCCUUCAACAUGCUGCCAAUGGCGCCUAUUAAUCCCUUUGUCGUGGGCCUGACCCCAUCGUCUAUGGCAGCAGCUGCAGCGGCGGCAGCCGCAGUGGCCGUGUCCACGGCGCAGUCUGAAGACAAUGCAACCACCACCACAACCAUGGGAACAGCUACCGUUACUACUGCGUCGAUUAAACCAAAGUUGGCGUUCAGUAUCGAUUCUAUUGUUGGCAGUAAUGUCAACAGUAGCACCAACAAACGCGAUAAUAGCGGUUCUGCGCAUCCAACGGAUUUACGGCCUAUGCGAUCAUCUGCUAUUUCGCCACCACUCUCUUCCUCGCAACGCAGUGACAGUCCCGAUGAACGCACAAAUGGUGAGCGCGAUCGGAGUCGUCUAUUGCUCGCCUACGAGCGGCCUCCAAGCCGUAUAAGCCUCAGCCACAGCGAAGACUCUCAUCAUUGCCAACAGCCAAUAGAAUUAAGGAAUAGCUUUACUGUAAACUAUCGUCCCAUCAACUCAUCGGCGGAUCAGCAUACAACUGCUUUAACACGGCCACCAUUGGGGCUUAUUUAUUGCCGCCGGCGUUCCAUAUUGGAUUAUUCACCAGAACGAGAAUGCAGUAGUCCGUCCAUGACCGGCAGGUGCCGAUCACGCACUAGAUCUCGCUCUCCUUCCCGCCAGUCAGUAGUAUCGUUCCAUGAGCACAAUGCCACCGUUAAUCGCAGUCGAAGUCCAUCGCCUUCACCAACACCGCCACAUAGCCGCACUACACCACAAACGCCAAGUACUGGUGGUGUCACAAUUGGCGAGCUUAACAAGCGACCAAUUCAUGUGCCUGGUAUACCAGCAGGUCUGAUUCGUCCAUUACCUCUGCAAGCUCCACAAAGUAUAGCUUUACUUCAGUCUGGCAAUUCUGGCGGUGGAGGUCCUGUGUCUUUAGAAGGUAGUAAUACGCCAACGAUACAAGCCCCUGGACCUCCACCUCUACCACAACCACUUGGUAUACCGCCACAACCCUCGACGUCCGGUGUGGUUGCGCCGCCACCCCCACCUUCCAAUCCACACUUUUUGGCCGCUCAGUUCCAAAUGGCUGCUGCCUUGGCGCACCAUCACCAUCAGCAGCAACAACAACAACAUCAUCCAGCGGCUCAUCUGCCAAGCGGUCAUCCGAUGGCCCUGUUCCCACCCGGCCCUCAUCAUCCUCACUUCGGCGGACCACACAUGAUCCGCGAUAGUUACCCUCUCUACCCCUGGCUGCUCAGUAGGCAUGGAAGGAUAUUCCCACAUCGAUUUCCCGGUAAUUUCCUACUGCAACCCUUUCGUAAACCGAAACGGGUGCGAACAGCAUUUUCUCCUACCCAACUACUGAAGCUGGAGCACGCCUUCGAGAGUAAUCACUAUGUGGUCGGAGCCGAACGGAAGCAGUUGGCACAAGGGCUGAGUCUCACGGAGACGCAGGUUAAGGUUUGGUUUCAAAAUCGUCGCACCAAACACAAGCGCAUGCAACAGGAGGGCGACAGUGAUUCAAAGAGUCAGAAGGGCAGUCAAGCUGGGGACAACGAUGCGAACAAGAACGACAGUUCACAGAAUAGUUUCGAAGAUCAAGAGGAGGAUGAUGAGGAGGACCUAAUCGAGGAGGAUGAGGAUGAAGUCAUCGAUAUGGAUGAUUAUGGGAGCGAAAUGGAUGCGGAAGAGCACCAGCGAUUGCGAGAACAGUUUCAGCAACAGCUGCAGCAGCAUCAUGAGCAAUUGCAGCAGAUCCAGCAGCAGCAACAGCAGCCACAAGGCCCAAUGCAACAACUACAUCGUGAACAACGAGAUUUCAGGGUGCAACAACAACAACAACACCAACAAUUUAUGCAACAUCAACAGUUUUUGCAUCAACAAGUACAACAGCAAAAGCAACUUCAUUUACAACAACAACAACAACAGCGGCAGCAGCAGCAGCAAUAGCAGCCGGGACAGCCAUGAUUGCAGUAACUCAAGUGUGAAGCUCAGAGCUCCGAAGAGCUGGUUCACUUACCCGCAGCUAAUUGUUGCCACUGGGCGUGGUGGUAGUCGUUGUUCCGUUCACUCCAUCUGUCUCGCUUUCAAGCUGCUUUUGCGUUCGCCAAUACAUUUUCCUUUAAGUGAAUUCCCCCCCUCCCCCUCUUUUGCAUUUGCAGAUUUCCAAACUCCAAUGCCAACAACACCAUCGUUUAUGUAAAUUAUUCAUCAAAACCGAAUUGUAUUUAUUACUUUGUAAAUUAGACGCUUAGUCAUGUAAUAAUAUAUUUACGAUUAGCAAUUACGAUGUAAUAAUAAUUAAAGCGCAAAGCAAAUGUUAUAAAUAAUAAUUACGAUAAUUAAUAAAUGCAAACAAUUAAAUUAUAAAAAAUCUAUGGUG